AGAUAAACGAACGUGGCAGCGGGCGUGUUCGGACGCGUACUGUUUUUCUGGUCCAUUGUUAAAACAACAACAGCUUACAUGACUGAAAAGCUGACCAUCAUUGCAAGCAAAUGCAAAAUUGUAUUUGCAACCGUUGUCAUGUGUGUCAUAUUGGAAUGAUUAUCAUCUUAAGAUAGUUUAUCCUGGCCACUGGACCAGUGGUAGCCUAAUGAUGCCAGCAAUGGUUUAUGAAGAAUUUACUUCAGUUUUCCUCCCCUUGGAAUAGAGCUGUUGCUCUUUUUUUCAAUAUUUGGGAAAGUGAAAACAACACUAAUUCCCAUGGAAGGCAUUUUAGUGUUAAUAUUUAUCUACGCAGGUAGAGCCUGGUGAGGUGUGGGAAACACCAUUUUUCAAGGUGGGAACAGAUUAACAUGGAGAAGGUCUACGUCUGUAAAGAAUGUAAUAAGACAUUCCCGAAAUAUUAUGACCUUCGCCGACAUAACAAACUUCAUACUGGCGAGCAUCCUUUCAUGUGUGAAAUAUGUGGUUUAGGCUUUACUGAUAAUAAUAGACUUAUUAUACAUGUUGGAAGAGACCAUACUGGCCGUAAACCUUUUGAGUGUUCGGUGUGUGACAAAGCGUUUUGUCGCAGUAGUGAUCUUAAUCGGCACAUGAAAGUUCACGACAAAGAACGUUUGCUUGUAGAUCAUCAGAUACUUGAUCAAACUUUGGAGUGCACAAUUUCUGAAAAAGACACAGGUGUAUCUUUGAACAGUGACAUUGAAGAUUCUCCCUUUCACAACCAGUCCCUCUCAGAAGAAAGAGAAAAAACUUUUCAUUUAUUGGAUGAUGACAAACACUGUCAUUUGAACAAUAGUGUUAGUCAUUUUUUAUUAUCUAGAGACUCACCUCUUUAUGUUGAAGGUAAGAGAGGUCUGGGAUGUACUGAUCUGGAUCAAAAUUGUGAUGUUAAACCUCAUGAAUCUCUAGGAAAAAGUGAAGAAGCAUCUGUUUACAUUGAUGAUCAUAUUCUUGGAAUGGCUUCUCAUGAGGACAAAGGAGCAGCUGACACAGGAGAUUUAAAACUUCAGUUCCCUAUUGAAGCACCUUAUUUGGAUGAGAGAAUAUUCGACCUGACUGAGUUCAACAAAAGUGUCCCAAAUAGCAGUGAAACUAAACAAACUGGUGUUGUAGUUCAGAAUAUCAAUAGACGACAGAUGGCUGGUAAUACAGGAGAAAAAGCUAAACUUGGGUUAUAUACGGGCGAUCGGCCUUAUCUUGGCAGACCCUUUGAGUGCAAAUAUUGUGAGAAAUCGUUUACUAAAAGUAGCGAUUUAAAACGUCACCUUAUGAUUCAUACAGGAGACCGACCUUUUGUGUGCAAUUUGUGUGGAACAGGUUUCAUAGAGAAGUCAAAGUUGAUUGUACAUACACGACAUCACACUGGUGAAAGACCCUUUGAGUGUCAAGACUGUGGCAAAACAUUCAUCAAGAAGAGUGAUAUGACUAAUCAUAGGAAGACGCAUUCAGGAGAGAGAAACUUUGUUUGCUGUGAAUGUGGUAAAGCAUUUAUUAAGAAGAGCGACCUUACAAGGCACACGCGUCUCCAUACAGGGGAGCGUCCGUACGUAUGUGUAGUAUGUGAUGCUGCUUUCACUGAAAGUGGGAAGCUGAAGAAGCAUACUAUGGUUCAUACUGGGGAGAAGAAUGUGCAAUGUGACACUUGUGGUAAGCGAUUUGCCAAAAACUCUGAUCUGCGUCGUCAUACUAGAAUACAUACAGGAGAGCGUCCUUAUGUUUGCACAUUAUGUUCUAAGAGUUUCACAUAUUCUCAGAUGCUCAAAGAACACUUGAAAAAGGAGCACAAUAUCACAACACUAGCUUCAAACCAGAGUCUUCAAGAUACACAGUUUGCUGAUGUAGUGGAUAGCAUCAACUCUUCCAUUGUUACUCCAGCCUUGGCUUUCCUUGUGAACCAGAAUCAGAAUGAGAACUCGGGUAAUCAAGCAUCUGGAACUUCAGAUUCCAUGAAGAACAGUAUAUCAUCAAAAAAUGAAGCUACUGGGUCUGGAAACAUGCCAAAGUGGAAUACAAAUAAUCCUGAAAAUGCAAAUUAUCCUACCUUUUCUAGAGUAGACUCGGAAAUCCUCAAUGUCCAAAAUCCAAAUAAUUUUGCACCGUCAGAUCUCUGCAUAAAAGAAGAAAUGAUGCCAGUUGAGGAUAACAAUUAAAACUACAGAUUUUGUUACAUGCAUGUGUUAAUGAGAAUUGUGGGUAGAGUUUGUCUUCUCCGAGGAGCUACUCUGCCUGUGUAGCUGAGUAACGUUGUAAAUAGCUUGUGGAUAUGCACAUUCAAUAAUGAAAUUUAUGUUCAAGUUUUAUUGAAUACAGUAUUUAGAUGUACAUACUGUUAGUAUUUCACUAUCAUCAGAUUAAUAUAUUUACAUUCACUUAACAUUGUAGUUGAUUACAUAAACUGUAAAUACUGUAGCACAAUAAAAUGCAUACUUUAUCAAUUAAAUUACACAAGUUCUUGUAAUUUUUGCAUUAGUGUGUAAAGUACAGGUACCACUGUAUGUGUAUAAGAUAUUUUGCACCUUUCAUCAUUUAGUAUAUGCAAGGCUUUAUAGAGUGAAUUGCAUUGUACAUGUACAGUACUAGACUUUCUAUAUAAAUUAACAGAAUUUUUCAGCACUUUAUAGUUAAUUAAAGGAAGUGUGGUAAGAUGCAUUUUAGAGCAAUAUUAAAUUUGGUCUUAAGUAUCAAAAGCACAGCUUUGUGUAGUCUUUUAUAUUCUGCAUGUGCAUAUUAAAUACAGACUGUGUUCAGAGGUUCAUAAUUACAAGGAAAGUAAAAAAAAUACAUUUUUCAAUCUAAUAUAUUGCAUAUUCUGUUCCUUUGAAGGUAAAUAUGUAUGUAAUACCUUGCAUUGAACCUCAUUUAAUUUUGAUGGUCUUCAUUUGGAAAUUCAAAACGAAAGAAGGAACUUGACUUAAGAGAAGAGGGCAUUGCUUACUAUUUUGGAUGAAGGACAAUCUAAUUUAUUUAGUGGUUCUCAUUUAGAAAUUGGAAAAAGAUAAAAGAAAAGGCAGUGAAUCACAGUGUCAACUGCUUGCCUCAGUCUUGAUUUGACUCUCGAGUUGCUGUCAAGAAGCACAGUGACUUUUUUUUUAUUGGUGACUAAAAUGAAUUUUAUAUUUAGGAUUUUGAACAUUUAAUGACAUAUGGGUAACUAGUUGUUUAGUUAUACUGUACACUCAAAUGAAGCUUUUUAAUAUUUUUUUCGAGAUCUUUUCUUGUAUUUAGUGUGCUCAUAUUUAAUUACUUUUGUUUUAAGAAGUUCAUAAAAUAAUAUGCAGCUCAGACUGGUCCUUCAAAUGCAAAGAGAAGAAUGUGCAUGUUUAAUUUGGUAAAAUAAUUUUCAUUGUUGCUGUUGUUGAAUCUUAUUUGUUCCCUUAGACUGAUCAGGAAUUGGAAUUAGCAAUAUUUGGAGUAGACUUAAUUAUUACAGAAAGAGAUGUUAAAAAGGCAUCUGAACCACACUUUGACACCAAGUGUUAAUGGACUUCCUUCUGAGAUGAUGCCAAACCAGGAGCUUUAAGAUUGCAUAUUUAGAGAAGAGUUUUUCUCUUCACUUUUAUACAACAUUUAUUGGAAGUUGAACCAAAACUUUUGUAAUUUAUUACAAUUUUAAAUUGUUGAAUAUUACAACCAAAUUGUUGAACCAGGAGUCCGCAGUUUAAAUUAAAAGACUUUUUAUAUAUGUAUAUGUAUAUUUGUGUACUUGAUUUACAGAGCUAAACACAAAUUGUUUUGUAUGCUGUAGUCCUUUAUAAAAUGGUCAUAUUUUCUUUGAACUUCAGUCUGGUUUGAUGCUUAGUGCUUUUGUUAAGAAAUAUUUUUUCAGGGAGUUUCCCAAUUUUUUAUUUAAUAAAUAUUAAUAUGC